GUAUUAACAACGCUUAGGAAUAGAACUACAAUAACCCUGAGCCACGCGUAAGGGGUGGGGCGAGGGUUUGCAAGACUUGCCGGGAUUUUAGGACAAGUCGUGAGACUUUACAGGAGGAGAAAAGCCUUUCAUCGGUCUGGUGUAAGCAGAGACACACUUUGUCCACUUCAUCAUGUCCUCCGGGGACACCUUGGAUGAUGAGAACACCUUCAAAAUCCUGAUUGCCACAGAUAUCCACCUGGGUUAUCUUGAGAAGGACGCCAUCCGUAGCAAUGACUCUUACAACACCCUAGAGGAGAUCCUGGAAUGUGCGAAGACAAACCAGGUGGAUUUCAUCCUGCUUGGUGGAGACUUGUUUCAUGACAACAAGCCAACACGCAGAUGCCUCCACAACUGCAUAACUAUGUUGAGGAAGUAUUGCAUGGGAGACUCCCCUAUACAAUUCAACAUCGUCAGUGACCAGACUGUCAACUUUAACACCACAAAGUUUCCCUGGGUCAACUAUCAGGAUGAAAACCUCAACGUCUCUAUUCCUGUGUUCAGCAUCCACGGCAAUCAUGAUGACCCAACUGGGGCUGAAGGUUUGUGUGCGUUAGAUCUACUAAGCGCUGCAGGUCUUGUAAACCACUUUGGACACUCCCAUUCAAUAGAAAGUAUAGAAAUUAGCCCCAUCCUCAUGCAAAAAGGCAGCACUAAGCUGGCUUUGUAUGGUCUUGGCUCCAUCCCAGAUGAGCGCCUGUACAGGAUGUUCGUCAACAAUAAGGUCACCAUGCUUCGGCCCAAAGAAAAUCAGGAUGAAUGGUUCAACCUCUUCGCCAUACACCAAAAUAGGAGUAAGCACGGCCCCACUAACUAUAUUCCUGAGCAGUUCCUGGACGACUUCCUUGACUUAGUAGUGUGGGGUCACGAGCAUGAAUGUUUGAUUGGACCAACCAGAAAUGAACAGCAGCUCUUCUAUGUGACACAGCCUGGAAGCUCUGUAGCCACCUCCCUCUCCCCUGGAGAGGCUACAAAGAAGCACAUAGGACUACUGAGGGUGAAGGGCCGUAAGAUGAACUUGCAGAAGGUCCCCCUAAAGACAGUGCGUCAGUUCUUCAUUCAGGAUGUGGUGCUGGCCGAUUAUCAAGACCGAUUCACCCCCGACACUCCACAGGUUUCAAAGAAGGUGGAGGACUUUUGCUAUGCUAAGGUUAAUGAAAUGUUAGAAGAAGCUGAAAGAGAAAGACUUGGCUCUCCACUCACGCCGGAGAAACCUCUUAUUCGUCUGAGAGUCGACUACAGCGGCGGUUUUGAGACAUUCAACACUUCUCGCUUCAGUCAGAAGUUUGUGGACCGCCUGGCCAAUCCUAAAGAUAUCAUUCACUUUCUCAGACACCGCGAGCAAAAGGAGGAGAUCAAAGAUGAGGUCAACAUUGACUACAGCAAGCUGUUAAAAACCAAGGCAGCUGAGGGACUGAGAGUGGAGGACCUGGUUAAACAGUACUUUGAGGCAGCUGAACAGAAAGUUCAGCUGUCUUUGCUGACGGAGCAGGGGAUGGGGAAGGCUAUUCAGGAGUUUGUAGACAAAGAUGAAAGAGAUGCCAUCCAGGAGCUCAUCACUUUCCAGCUAGAAAAGACACAGCGCCAUCUUCAGGCUAGAGGAGUAACUACAGAACAGGAAAUCGAUACAGAGAUCCAGCGAUUCAGAGAUGCCAAGAAGAACACAACUGAGGAAGAGAACGAAAUUACAGAAGUUAUCAAUAGAGCCAAAGCUCAUCGUUUGGAGCGUGGUGAUCGCCCCCUAGACCCAGAUAUAUCUGAUGACUUAGCUGAUGUGAAUAUGAACUCUGAUGAGGAUUCACUUCCAUUCCCUGCCCCAACGCGAGGAAGAGGACGCGGUGGCAGAGGACGUGGAGGCAGAGGCAGGGGGAGAGGUGCAGCUGCUGCUGAACCAAAGACGUCCAGUCGUGGUCGUUCCCAGAAAUCCUCAGCGACAACCCAAAGCAUUAUGCAAGCCUUUCAAGCUCCAUCCCAGAGACCUUCACGUACUGCAGCAGCAAAAUCAUAUAUGGCAGAUGAAGUGACUAUUGAUGAUUCAGAUGAAGAUUUCCCUGUAACAAAGACUUCCCAUUCUUCUCCAAGACCAGUAGCAGCAGCAUCAUCAUCCUUCACUAGGUACAGCUCUCAGAGCCAAAGCCAGUCGUCUAGAGGAGUUGCAUUUGAUGACAGUGAUGAUGAAGAGGACAACCCUUUCAAAGGCCCCAGCCAUCGCUCACGGAGAUAAUAUGCAUCUAUGAUCUCUCAGAAGUCAAUGUUGAUUUACAUCAAAGCACGUCUUAAUAUUCAUACUGUAGCUUGCAGUGCCCUUAAUGUUGACAAUAACUAAUUAAAAUCAGCCACUGUUACUGUUCAGUCAGCCUGUUUUGAUGAAAGGGCUAAUGGUUAAAGGAGGCAAUGUGCUUGGCUUUGUCCUUGGUGUAUGUGAUAUUUUUGAGAUUUAGAAAAUAAAAUUUUUUCCAUAACAUCAACUGUCUUUGCAUUAUGGUUUGUGGCUACAAAAUAAAAGCUUCAUUGUGUUAUACA